UUCAGGGUGUCGUCGGGCGUAAGGAUGGCUAUGUCCCCCCAGCAGUUCUGCCUGAGGUGGAAUAACCACCAGUCUAACAUCAUCUCGGUGUUCGAACAACUUCUACAGACAGAGUCCUUUGUCGACGUUACUCUCGCUGUUGAAGGCAUGACACUGAAGGCUCAUAAGGUGGUCUUGUCAGCCUGCAGCCCUUACUUCCAGGCUGUACUGGCGUCCCAUCCUGAUAAACACCCUAUCGUUAUCCUAAAGGACGUCCGUUACACGGACAUGAGGGACCUACUGGACUUCAUGUACCGUGGUGAGGUGUCCGUGGAUCAGGACAACCUCUCUGGCUUCCUACGUGUAGCAGAGUCCCUACGGAUAAAGGGACUUACUGAGGUCAACGAGAAGAAGAGAUUAGAGAACACGUCAGCAUCCUCAGCUUACCUAGUACCCCAGGCGAUGCCAGGUGCUGCCCCACCAGGCAUGGCAUCAGGGGUAGUGCCAAUGGCACCCCUCACCCCUCUAGCAGGCGACCCACCACCCCUUAAAAGACCUCCCCUUUCUCCCUCCGCCACUUACGGGGCGAAGAGAAGGCGAGGGAGGCCACCUAAGAUCUCAGGUGAAGAGUCGGAAGGGGAAGUAGGUUCGGCAGCAGGUUCCCUCUCGGCAGCUGAAGGAGAGGACACAAGAAGUGAGGCAGAGGUUAAAUUAGAGGUUGAGGAGGCAAAGGAGUGCCAAGAGCCCGAUGACCUAAGCAAGGAAGCAGACACCAAGAGUGGGGAAUCAACACCAGGACCAUCGGGAGAGAACCAGGUCAAAGAGGUGACGAGGGUGACUCAAGAAGACCAAGACAACACUCGGGAAUCACCAGGUUCAGACGUGUGUUGCGUCCCGGACAUCUGGACGGCCGAGGGUGGCGUGGUGAGAGGAUCCACGCCCAUCAAACAGGAGAGACCCACGCCCACCCCCACCCCCAACACACCUAGUUCCACGCCUGCGGUGACACCUGCCACCACGCCCACGCCGCUGCUGACCACGCCCACGCUGCCAUCACUCCUGGCACCCAUACAACAAGUGCCACUUGACCUGGUCAUAGACUCGUGUGAGAGUAGCGACCUGGACCAGAACGUCACUCUGGACUAUGUACUCAACAGUAACGGCACAGCUACGUGUAAGCUCUGUGGUGAACUUCUACCUUCCAGGAACCACUGGUACCGUCACAAGUACAAGACUCACGCUACGGCGCUCUACCGCUGUGACGACUGUGGCGUCGUCUAUAAGAGUAAAAAGGGGUAUGAGACCCAUAUGGAAGUCAAACACGCCAAGGUGAAGACAUCUUGCGGGGAGAGACCUCGUAAGAGAGAUUGGCAAAGUGUCAACAAAUCCAUGGAGGAAGCUAAGAGACAGCAAGAAGAAGCUAUGGUAAGUGCUAUCAUCGCCAGAGUGAAGCUGGAGUGUGCAAUGGAAGGAGAAGACUGUUCCAGACGAGGCUACCAGAAGCACUAAAUCUACUCACAACAGAUAUAUAACGUAUACAAAAGUGAUAUGAAAGCUGACAGAUAAUUUAUAUUGUAAAUACGGAAUUAGUUCAUAUAAGUUUGGGAAAUACGUGAUACAGUCACUGACGAAGCUAAGUUUGGCUAAAUGUGUGUUAGAAAUAAGACUAGAAAGCAGCCAGUGGCGAGAAAGUCACAGUGGAGUCUUAUCGUUAGUGGAGAAAACCAGUGGAAGGACAAACUGCUGUAAGGUUAAACUAAGGAUGGUCUAAACAAAUACCUAUAACAGUGCUCAAUACUAGGAAGCAUAAUCUAGUAGUGGACGAUUUGUGAUGUUCAAUAGUGAGUUAGGAGUUAGGUCCUCGGGAACACCUACCCCUUGGGAGUUUAGAUAUAUAAUCAAGUGGUAUAAUCCGGCCGUGAAACGUGGUAUAAUCAGGCGAAAAAAUAUAUCCUUGGUGGAGUUACCAGGAUAAUCUCUGGUGCAACAUAUAGCAAAACGAAACUAAAAUGACGGUCUGUGUUGCAACAAAUAUAACAACGAAAGUAAUCAACUUAAAUUAACAUUUUAUGACGCAUAAGACACAUUUAUUAGCUAAGAUACUGACCCAUUUAACCAUGUUCAAACAUUAACCUCCUGUUAAUAUGUCCAACUUUAACUAGAAUAAGGACCAAUAACGAACAACAGUGUACGUGAAACUAUUCCCAGAUGAUUGAAGACAUUUCAAAUCAUUAUACACCUAAUAUAACUCAAAAUAAACCACUGGACAAGCAUAAAUAUUGAAAAUCCAAAAGGGAUUGGAACUUGUCACAAUCUCAGGAUCGUAUCUGACAUACUGGUCAUCCCUCAAGGGUCAGUAUGUCAUAAUAAACAAAACAGUAUUCUUAAGUAUCACUUAACGUGUAAAUUCUAGCAUUUACGCGGACUUACACCAUUAUCUUACCUCAAAACGUUAUAGCUCUUAGAUACCUUAUACAGAAAGCUCAAAUCUGGUGUUAGGGUUGGUGGUAGGCUGGCUAGCACACUGGUUGGUGGUAGGCUGGCUAGCACACUGG